UGUAGAACUCAUACAAAGCUCAGGCCAUUGGAAAUAUUGAGAGCAUGCGAAUUCCAGUCACAUACAUAGUUGAUCUGCAAGCAUCUCAGUUCCAGUGCACCAAUCGAUGCUAUCUGUCAGAGAGUUGUUUACGUUGAAACGCACUUUGUACUCUACUCAGAGGAGCAGCUGAUUAGGCGCAGCUUCAGAGAACAGACUCAGAUCAGUUGAAAGUGAAACGCGCGAUAUGUUGGAUGUGAUUGCUCUGCUCCUGGUCACACUUGCCUUGAGCUUCUGGUUUGUGCGCACCAGGCUCAGCUAUUGGGCGCGACGUCACAUCAGCCAUGUGCGGCCCACUUUUCCCAUGGGCAACCUGGAAGGCUAUCGCAAAACCAAGCACUUUAAAGAUAUUCUGACGCCGCUCUAUGAAAGCUUCAAGUCCACCGGGGCACCAUUUGCCGGUUUCUACUUUAUGCUGCGACCGGUGGUGCUGGUGCUGGAUCUGGAGCUGGCCAAGCAGGUGCUAAUCAGGGACUUUGCCAACUUUGAGGAUCGCGGCAUGUACCACAACGAACGCGAUGACCCACUCACAGGGCAUCUCUUUCGCAUCGAUGGACCCAAGUGGCGACCGCUGCGUCAGAAGAUGUCGUCCACCUUCAGCUCCGGCAAGAUGAAGUUCAUGUUUCCCACUGUCUGCGCCGUGGGCGAGCAGCUGGCUCAGGUCUGCGCCGAGCUGGCAAGCAAUUCCAUAUGCGGCAUUCUCGAGAUCAACGAACUGAUGGCCAGGUACACUUCAGAUGUGAUUGGAAGCUGUGUGUUUGGCCUGGAGUGCAAUGGACUGCGCAAUCCGGAGGCCGAGUUCGCCGUCAUGGGACGACGCGCCUUUACGGAACGGCGUCACAACAAGCUCAUCGACGGAUUCAUCGAAAGCUUUCCAAAGCUGGCACGGCGACUGCGUCUCUGCCAGAUACACCAGGACAUCACCGACUUCUACAUGCGCAUCGUCAGGGACACGGUCAAGGAGCGCGAGUCCAAGGGCAUCGUGCGCAACGACUUCAUGAAUCUGCUGAUCGAAAUGAAGCAACGCGGGGAGCUCACGCUGCCAGAGAUGGCUGCUCAGUCGUUCAUCUUCUUUGCCGCCGGCUUCGAUACCUCCGCCUCGACCUUGGCCUUCGCCUUGUACGAGCUGGCCAAGCAGCCGCAGAUCCAGCUGAAGCUAAGACAAGAAAUCGAGCUGGCACUGGAGGCGCACGGCGGACAAUUCACCUACGAGUGCAUGCAGGAGCUGCGCUACAUGGAACUGGUUAUAGCAGAGACGCUACGCAAGUAUCCCACACUGCCUCACCUCUCGCGCGUCUCGCGCAAAUAUUAUGCGGCCAAGGGCAAUCGACACUUUUACAUAGAGCCCGGCCAGAUGCUCUUCAUACCCGUCUAUGGCAUACAUCACGAUCCAGCCCUAUAUCCCGAGCCGCACAAAUUUAUACCGGAACGCUUUCUGGCCGACCAGAUGGCCCAGCGACCCACCGCCUCCUGGCUGCCCUUCGGCGACGGACCGCGCAACUGCAUCGGCAUGCGUUUCGGCAAGAUGCAGACGAGCAUUGCCCUGUUCUAUCUGCUAAGACGGUUUCAGUUCAGUGUCUGUCCGCGCACUCAGUCCAAGAUAGAAUUUCUCAGCUCGAACCUAUUGCUGUGUCCAGUAAAGGGCAUUUACUUAAAGGUCGAAGAGCUAAAGGAAUAAUUCUGAAAGGAAGACUCAAAUAUGGAUCAGUAGUUACCUAAAUAAGCAUAUCCUCAACACCAUUGACCACUGCCUGAUUAUGAAUUAUGCAUUUAUAAUAUUAUUAACUAAUCUAAAACUUAUGCUAAAUAUAAAUCUAAAAUAGAAUUUAUAAUACGAAACAAUUAUCAAUUUAAUUUUGUAUCUUACAAUUAAGCUUAUUCGUGUA